AUGAAUCGAGACGAUACGAAGGCAAAAGAAGACGGCUCGAGUAGUGUAGUAGGAGAUGAAAUGGCAAUGGGUUCGUUCUCCGGAGAUGAAGCAAACCCAAGGAUUAUCGACAAAUUUGUCGCCCCAGGAACCGACCAAAGUCCUCGAGAUGCAAAUGAAAGCGAAGAAAAUGCAAGUAAAAAAGGUGAAGAGGAAGAAUCAAGUAAGAAAAAUGAAGGGGAGGAAUCAAGAGAAGUAGACGAAGGAGAAAAAGAGAAGGAAGGCGGAGACGAAGGAGAAAAAGAGAAGGAAGUCGGAGACGAAAUAGAGCCCCGAAGAAACGACGAAGAAGCUGAUGAAAGGGCGAUAAUUCCAUUUGGACGACAACAUGAAACUGAGUCGCAUGCAGAUUCGGUUGUAGAUGACGAAGAAGAGGGCAUGCUACCGCUGAAGUUGCACUUUCCUUCAAGCCAAUAUCAAAAGUCUUUAAAGCUUUCAGGAAAGUGUUACAUUGACACGGCGAUAAGAACUAUUCAAACGAUCCUAAAAGAGAAGGAGGUGGAAUGGUUCAUAGAGCACCCACAAUUCCAACAUUUCUUCCAUAUUAAAAACCGAAAGCAGAAGUGGAUGGGAAUGUGGGUUCUCUAUCCUCCCAACCAUGAGAGGUUGGGUGGUACAACAUUCAUGAGCAAGUAUUUUGGAGGGAGAAGGGUAACAUACGCUGACCUGGAGAAGCAGAUGUUGGCAAUGAAAUCAAAGCCAUCUGAGGAUCGUAAGAAGAUGGCCGUUCUGUUCUUCUUAGCCAGCAUCCUUGUCGGAGGCCGAAAGAGUGGUGAGGGAGCAUCACCUGUGGACAGUUUCUUCCUGAGUGUUGUUGAUGACCUAGAUGCGUGUGUAACGUUCCCUUGGGGGCGGUAUGCAUUCGAACAUAACUUGAAGGAUGUCUCUAGCUUUUUGAAGAAAUGUGACGGGGUUGCGGCGACGAGUUGGUUGUUGGCCUUUGAGGCAAUUCCAAGCUUGAGGAAUCAUUUCCGAGAAGAUGUGAAUGGUGCAAGCAGUGGUUGCCCGCGGAUGUGCAAGAUGCAGUACAAACGGAAAAGUGGAACCAAGGAAUUCAGUCUGAAAGCUGUGAACGAUAAACUUGGUAAUAAUACAAUGGAUAUUGAGAGUAUCUUGGUAGCAACAGCAGCUGAGGAGGAACUUCUGGAAACCAUAGGAAUGGACAAGGAGAGUUGUUGGGCCGAUGACGCCGAUGAUGCAGCAGUUUAUCGUUGGACGAAGAUAGUACGGAAAGGGAAGAAACAAGUUUUCUUUGAAGAACAGUUCCGCAUGGAUUUUGAGUCUCGCACAGGUCAGAUUGAAGGUCCCACCAAUCCUAUCGGAGGACCAUCGAAUAAUGCACAAUCUGGUCAGGCUCAUGCAGAUUCGGUGGAGGCUACUGGAGCUACUCCUGGAGCUGAGGCUUUAAAAGCGAUGGAAGGUCGGCUUAUGAAUGCAGUCCGAGAUGCAGUUCGAGAUGCUAUGAAGGGAGUGAAGGAAAAAGUCACUUCAUUGUCUACGCAGCUAGGUCUUCUAGAAGAGGAGGUGAAAAUUCUUAGGUUGAGUGUUCCCGGAAGUGACAAUCCGGCGGUCCAAGAUGAUGGUGAUGGUAGUGACAAUAGCGAGUCGGAAGAAGAGGAUGGUGAUGUGGGUGGGGAUAAGGAGUUGGAGGAAGAGGAUAGUGAUGUGGGUGGGGAUAAGGAGUCCGAGGAAGACGAUGGUGGUGACAAUAACGAUCCAGACGAAGAGGAUGGUAGUGACAAUAAUGUUGAAUAUGCCAUUCUCGAUAUUUCAAAGGAUAUGCAGAGGGAAUAUGGUGAUGUUGACAUGGAUGGUGAUGAUGCGGAGAUGUAUGCAGAUGCUGUGGAGGCCGAGAAAAAAUUAAAGACUAAGGCAGCAGAGUCUGUUAAGGUGGAGCGUGGUGAUAAUGUGAGGAGUCCCAUUCAGCUAAGAAGCAGGGCAGCAGAGGAGAAGACAGCAGAGAAGAGGACCAGAGGUGCAAAGAAGCAGAAGGCAGCUGCUGAGAAGGAGGCAGCAGCUGAGAAGAAGGCAGCUGCGGCAGCUAAGAAGAAGGCAGCUGCUGAGAAGGAGGCAGCAGCUGAGAACGAGACAACAGCUGAGAACGAGGCAGCAGCUGAAAAGGAGGCAGCUAAGAAGAAGGCAGCAGCUAAAAAGAAGGCACCAGCUAAGAAGAAGCAGACGAAGCCGAAGACAAAGAAAGUAGGUAAGAAGACCGAAUGA